AUGGAAGAAGAUUUACUUUUAAUGAAAAACAAAGUGAUUUUUUCGGAAAACUAUCAUUAUGUUGUCUUAUUAGAUUAUUCUGGAUCUAUGUCAGAAGAUAGAUUUAAUCGAGCAUAAAUGAAAUAAUUUCAUUUUUAUCAUCAGCAUAAUAGAAUUAGAAUAUCGAGUUGCCAUCAUAAUCUUCAACGAUAAAGCUAGAUGUGUGGUAGACUUUUAAUAUAUAGACAUGCAAACUAUAAACAAUGUAGUAGUAUGUAAUGGAGCAAGUACUAGCUUUUAAAGUGCCUUCUAAGUAGCUUAUGAAAAAAUCAGGCUGUAAGUAACUUUCAUUAACAUAAUAGGUAAAACAUUUAAAUCAAUCUAGGCAUAUAGGAUUUUUUUUAUACCGAUGAAGAUUCAUAUCCUACUUAGGCAUUGGCGCAGUUCGCAAGAAUGCCAUUUUCAUAGAGAAUGAAAAUAGAUUUGAUUUUUGUGGUCUUGAUAAAUAAUAAAAGAUAAUGA